AUGGCAUCUGCUGAAACAAUAUUGGAAAUUCCAUCCUCGUUCGUUUAUGAAAAUUUGGUCGAUCAAGUUCGAUUGAUUCAAAAUGAAAUUGUCAAAAUGAUCAAUGUACUCAACAAUCGGAUGAACAAUGAAAAACAACAGCAAAAUGAAUUGAAACAUCGUUCAUUUACAUUCAUCGAUCCAUAUGAUCAUGAAAUGACAAUUGAAUUUAUGAAUCAUGAAUAUAUUCAUCAUGUCAUCAAAAAAUACAAACGAGAUUAUAUACCAAAAUAUUUACAUCAUUGGAUUCAAUUUGGUACUCGAAAUCAAAAUACUAUCGAAACAAUCACUGAUUGUCAGUUGCAAUCGACUGUAUCCGAUUAUACAGGUACUCGAACAUUUAUUACCUAUGGUGAACUGAUUGUAUGGUUUGGCAAUUAUGAGAAUUCAGUACCUGAAAAACUCGUAUUGAAAGUUUCAUUAAUGGAUAAUAUGGAAAAGAUCAAGACAGAAAUUAGUAAACGGCGAUGUUUUACAAAUAUUGAAUUGAAGACUAUUAUUAACAAUGAAGAUAUCAAACCGAAUCUUUUCAAUUGGCAGGCAGCUAGACCACUUCAAUCGAUCGAUACGAUUAUUUCAAGUGUACUUUAUGAAAAAAAUCGUGUUGUAUUGGCUAAACUUAUUAUCGAAGAAACUGCAAGUAAUAGUACAACAUCUGGUUUUCAAAUAUUUGUUAGUACAUUAACUGGAAAAAAGGUCAGUUUAACUGUCAAUUCUUCGAUGACAAUUGAGACUUUGAAAGAAUUAAUACAAAAUAUGGAAGGUUUUCCUCCUGAUCAUCAACGAUUGUUAUUUGCUGGUAAACAAUUAGAAGAUAAAAGAAAAAUCGGCGAUUAUAAUAUACAAAGAGAAGCAACUCUACAUCUUGUACUAAGUUUGAGAGGUGGGAUGUAUCAUUUUACAAGUGGACGACAAGAUUUCGAUAAUUUGCCUUAUAAUGGUGCCGAAGCAGUAAAAGACAUUUUGGCAUUCGAUCUUAAACAGAUGGAAAAUACGGAUAACUUAUCAUUAGUUGAACUACAAGAUUCUCUUUUACAAGCACAAUCGAUUCUAUCAAAUUUAUACCACUCACUUCGAGAGAUUUAUACACCACAAAAUCUUCCCGAUUUGAAACAAAUCAUUUCGCUUCCGAAUAUUGACAAUAAUUUGGAUAAUAUCGAUAACACGGAAUGUGAAGAAAUAUCAAACAAAGAAUGA